AUGACUUCUCAAAUGGAAAAAAUUGACGCCUUUUUUUUAGAAAUAGAAAAAUCAGAUAAACUUCAAAAUGAAUUUCAAAAUCUGACCGAUAUUGAACAAAAAUUUAAAGAAGGAAAAGCGAUAAUUGAUGAAAUAGAAGAAGAUGAUACAGAGAAACAUGGAUAUUAUAGAUUUAAUUAUCAUAUAAAAUAUGCUAGUUGUUUAAAAACUAUUGGUGAAAUGGAACUUUCUAAUAAACAAAACUCUCUAGCAAAAAAAUUCGAACAGUAUGCAAAAAACCUCCAAAAUGAAGAUAUACACGAAGAAAAAUCAAUUACAAUUUUCAAUAAAGUUGCCAACCCUGGUGAAAAAUACGUAGAUGAAGUUGAAAAAAGAUUAAAAGAAAUUAAGGGAAUCCUAAAAAAAAAUGACAUUAUUGAAACUUUUCGAGAAAUUUUCAAUUGUUUAUAUGAAACACCAAAGACAUUUGAAAGUUAUAAAACGAUAAUUAUUUGCGAGACUUCAUUGAAUCAAAAAGUUGGUAACAUUACCAUUGCAGAAUUAAAUAAUAAGGCCUUAAACGCUGAUGUAAAGGAAGAAUUGAAUAAUUCCUUGACUAGUUUAAAUGCACUAGCAAGUGAUAUUGCCUACGAUAAAAGAAUUUCCUUUAUACUAUAUGUUUUGAAUUCUUCUAAUAAAACAGAAAUCAUUUUUAGCGGUAUUCCGUUUACAAGUGGAGAAAUUAAUAGACAUUUCAAAGAGCUUGCUUUAUAUUUUCAUCCCGAUAAAACGGGUGAUUUCAAUGCCCCAACUUCACUUCGAGACGAACAUAAGAAUCUGGGUGAAGAAUUAUUUAAACAUAUUGUGAAAUCUAAAAAGCGUUUGUUGGCAGACUUGGAAAAUAUAAUUCAUGAAGAAAAAGCAUAUGAAUUUUGGAAAAUUGCGAUUGAUUACCGUAAUGCAGCUGAAGGAAAAUGGGAUAAACUGAGAGUAUUAAAUCAAAGAGAAAUAAAUAAACAUUCUUCUGAGGAAUUAAAAGGUUUCAGUAUAGCUAAUGGAAAAUUAGCCUUUGAGGAAUAUCGAGAAGCUUGCAAACUUGUUGAUGAAAGCGACAUAAAAAAACAAAUAAAAUUACGAGAGAACAUGGCAUUAUGCUUACAUAUAACUGAUCAAUCAUUAGAAUCCCAACUGUAUGCUUUAUCAGCAAUUCGUAUGAUACUUACAAAAUGCCCAACACCGACAUCUCAGGAUUAUAUAGGAAUAAAAAAAAUACUUGAUAAAGUUAAAGGUAAUAGUAAUAAUAGUCAUACUGGCGAAAAAUCCGAUAGCAUCCCAUUAGAAUUAGAAAAAUUGGGGCCAAAGAACUCCAUUUACGAAAAAAUUUGUUAUCAACAUUCAAUUGAUAAAGAUAUAGAACAAAUAAUUUCUGAAUUAAUGCUCAAACCAGAUCGUGAUUUGGUUCGAUGUAAAUCAUCUAUAUUCAUUGAAUCGACAUUAUAUUAUGCUAUUGGUACUAUUGUUCCAAUAAUACCGGAUGUCAUUGAAUUUUUCAAUAUGUCAUCUCGUAAUAGACUCACUGAAAUUAUAAAUAAUGCAUUGGAUGCUUACGAUAAGGGUGAAUAUCAAGAAUUUAUCAAUAUACUUUCAGAGGAAUAUAAAAAAGGUGACAGCAUCUUAAAGUUAAAAAAUCCUGAAGACGUUAUUGUUCCUACAAAUAUAAUAAAGACAUGUAGAGAUAAUCAUAUUAGAUCAGAUUGUAUUGCUUAUUUAUUAAAUUCGAUUGGAGAAACCUUAGUUAGUCGAAAAAUACAGAUUGAUGGAAAAAAUGCAAAUGAUUUGAAAGCUUUUGCUAAGAAUGUUUUUCACGGAGUAUUGAACGAAAAUCUUGUGAAUGACGCCAAAAAGUUAGAUGACCGUAUCCAUGAAUUACGAAAAGAAAAUAAUAAAUCUUAUAUCUCACGAGGUUUUUAUUCCCCCAUUAGCUGGAAGAAAUAUGAUUAUUUAUUCAUACAAGAUGCAUCCGACGCUAGAAAAAUGCCCUUUGUUUCAAGGUUGGAAGAAAUACGUAAUAUUGCAAGAAUUAAUAUUGCAACUCUUGAUAUGUUAACUCCUGGUUCAGAGACAAUUGAUCAAGCUAUCAAAAUUAUUAAUGAAAUCAGAAAGUCAAUAGACGGCAAUUAUCAAUUUGUUGGUACAUCUAAAUUACGCUUAGAUAUUUUGCAAGAUUUUGUUUGGGUUAUUGAAGGUAAAGAAACAUCUGAAGAAAUGUUCGAUGAGGAUUUUCCCGAAGAUUCACCUGAUUUAUCUCCAUCCAAAAGCGAAAAUAAAAAAUAUUUUGAUUAUCUGGAUGAACUGGAAAAAGCAAAAUCUAAGCCGGAAAGAAUACAAAUAUACAAUAAUAUAGCAACUUACUUUGAACAAUUGGCCGAAAAAGAUUACAAAAUCGAUAGACUUAACAGCCUACGUAACUGGAACAGUGCACAAAAUAAUUAUGAGAAUGCACGUGAAAUAGAUCCUAAAAAUCUUGUUUCAGCACUUGGUUAUACCGAAUCUUUAAUAAAAUUGUCAAAAUAUACUCAGGUUAUUGAACUUUUGGAAGCUAGUCCAUUUUUAAAUUUAUCAUCAGAAUAUUGGCGUUUACGUAGUAUAGCUUAUUGUAAGCAAACCAAUUAUGAAAAAUCAUCUGAAUGCAUUAUUGAAUCUUUGAGAUUAGAUCCUAAAAAUAAGUUAGCUGAUGAUCAAAGAUCAUUCCUCAAAAAAUUAAGGAAUGAAAAUUCGAGCGAAUGUCGCGUUAACAAAUACAAAAAAGAAAAAAUACAUUUAAAAUAUGAAGAAGAUUAUUUCUCAAAUUCUCGAAGUAACGAGAAUCCUGUUUAUAAUAUCCUCUCUAUUGAUGGAGGAGGUAUACGAGGAAUACUGCCUGCGUUAUGGCUUAGUGAAAUAGAAUAUCGAACCAGAAGACCCAUUUCUCAUUUAUUUAAUAUGAUAACUGGAACUUCAACUGGUGGUAUCGUUGCUGCAGGACUAUCUAAACCGCACAAUGAAUACCCAGAUUUUAAGCCAAUGUUUUCGGCUACAGACUUAUUGAAUAUCUACCAAAAUCAUUCAAAAAGAUUAUUUACUUUGGAUAAUUCGUGGAGUCCAAAAUCAAAGUAUACAGAUGAAGGUCGCUCUAACCUAUUUAAAGAAUAUUUUGGUCAAACUAAAUUGAGUAAUGCACUUACUGAUCUGGUUAUUCCUGCAAUAAAUGAAGAUAAUGCAGCACCGGUUUGUUUAUUUACACGCAAUGAUGCUCGUAAUGAUGAAUCAAAAAACGAUACUUUUGUUGAUGCUUUAAUGGCUGCAACAUCUAUUCCAACUUUUUUUUCACCCUAUAAUAUAAGGCAUAAAGGUUUAUUCUCGGAUGGAGGUAUGCAUGUCAAUAAUCCAGCAAUGACAUCUUUUAAUGAAGCUAUUCGAUAUAGAGUAGCAAGCGAAAAGGUUUUUAUACUUUCAUUGGGUACAGGAAAUUAUAUACCAAAUCCUUCAAAGCCAGUUCUCUAUCGAGAUCAACUUUUUUGGGCAUCAAAUCAAUUUAAUAUUGCUAAUGAUGAAAAUGAAAUUGAUCGUCAAAUGUACUCUAUGCUAGAAAAUAGAUAUCAGCGAUGGCAAGUUUCGUUCGAAUAUUCGAUAAAAUUGGAUGAUAUUACAAUUAUUCCACUCCUCGUAGAAAUAGGUCAUCAGUAUUUAGAAGAAUUGUAUGAGUCAGAUGAAAAUCCUAUUAACAAGUUGAUAGAAUACUUUGAAAAUAAGAACUUAGAAGAGUGA